AUGACUCUCAUUUCCUCAGACUAUUACUGCAAAGAGUUCCAACCCAACACCUUUGACCCCUCCCGUUGUGGUUCCUGCCUGCGGCCAGAACACAUGCAUCUGACCACGACCUCACAGGGCAAACACAACUUCCUGUCUGAGGUGACCAGCUACAGUGAUGUCACCACGACUGUCCGGACCAAUCAGGAGAGCCUAACUCACCCUCCAAGCCCUCACUGGGAACUCAAUAUCUGUGACACUGACACAGCACGGAGCAGCAGUCAGGAAGAACAGUGGCAUGUUCAGCCGGGCCCAGGGAGGAGUGGCUCCGCCAGCCCAGCAGGCUGCUUUGUGACUGGGCCAGCUAUGACCCGGCUAGACCCCUCUGCCCAUAGACCAUCACACAGCUCCCCAAUGGAGGAGAACAGAGGCCGGGAGAGAUUCAGACGGCCAUCAGGUUCAAGAGGAGAGAGCAGCUACUUCUCUCCGGACAGGAAAGCCCUAUUCGAGGGUUUCCAGGCUCAGGCGGAGGGUGUAUCCCAGCGCCCCUACCGUUACUAUGAGAGGGGACACCCGCUCCCUAACAACCACAGCCCGGAGCCCAAGGCCUCCAUCCCCUACCGCAAUGUGAACCUCGGCAUCCCCUCCCAAAGGAGAAAUGAAGACACUUUCCUGCAGGAGACUUGGAGGAGUGAGUCUCCACAAAGGUACACGUAUCACUCCAACUUCAGACGCGGAGGGGCUGAAUCUCGAAACCAGUCGCCGAGCAAAACCCGCUCCCCGAGCCCAAACAGGCACAGACUGGCUGAAUCGCGAUCCGCGUCUUCACGACGUCGUAGCUCCCCGCCGAGAAAUCACGCUCCGUCUCACUCGUCAUCUCUGCAUCAGUCGGGGCGCUCCAGUCCUUCGCACAGACGAGGCUCUGUACUAUCUCACCACCACUCCCCAUCUCGAAACGCUCCCACCUACAGACACGCCGACUCCUCCCACAGAGGAAAUGGUGCCUUGGAGCGUCACGCCAAUGGGAGUGACCGACAGUCAAGAGCAUCAAGAGGGUCAGCGGGGUCAAGGCGUCCGUCCCACAAUUCAAAUGGUCACAGUUUGGACUCGGAAACGCUGUACAAAAAUCUCGAUGCGAUCUCUCGCCGUAGCUCCACGGCCUUUCAGACAAAGUCCUACGAAGGCUCCAGGAGCCCCCGGCCCCGGGCAGACACAAACCCCUCUCCUACAACUCGCAAUUGGGCUACCCGAGAAUGCUCUCCCCCUAAAAGUGGUUAUAGUACUCACAGCCACUCCCCCCAAAGAGAAACCAACUAUAGAGAAACCGGAACUGAGACAACAUUUAGCUACUCAAGGAAACCAGAGAGGGACAACAGAAAUGAACGCCCAGAUAGGAACACCAAAACCGACUGCAGCUCCCUUCAAGGUUCAUUGCGUGGCUCCUCACAGUCCCUUAGCCCUGCCCCCUCCCAUUGCUCCUCCCCUCCACAACUAGGCGUUGACUCCCGGCUGCUAGCCAAUUCGCUGAAGCCGCAUGCAGCGAUCGCGGAAAGGGACCACCGUCCAAUCGGUGAGAGGAGCAAGAGUACAAUAAGGCGUGGCCUGGAAUACCUGCUGACAAGAGAGGAGCCCAAGAGGACCGCCUCAGUAGACUCCCAGGGCAUGACCAUAGAGGACUAUGUCAUCCUGGCCGACAUCCCCAGGACCGACAAGGGGUCCGACGGAGAUGAGGGAGAGUUGGUGCUGGGCAAGAGGAGGAGAGCUCAGAGCCCCAGUCCACGGAGGGACCAGAGUAACAGGACAACCAGAUAUGCAGAAGAAUCAGAAGGCUACACCAUGAGGGCUGAAUGUGACGAGAGAGGGAGAGGCAGAGAGAGGGGGAGAGAGAGGGGGAGAGAAAGGGGGGAGAAAGAGAGGACUACGUGUGGGCUCUCAGAAGACGGACGACUCUCCCCAACUCCUUCCGCUACUGCUCUUCACCAACAGAAUUCCGGUCAUCAGACUGGAAAGGGCCACAGAUCUUCUAAACCACAGGAGAGAGUUCUACCUGAAAACACUGACGUACAGCCUGGACAGAAAGGCUGGAUGUCAAAACUGGAUGAAUAUGGAGAGUGGAGGAGGCACUGGUUCGUGAUGGGCGACGCUGCGCUGAGUUUCUACAGGGACUCUGAGGCUGAGGAGUCACAUGACCUGGAUGGAGAGAUAGACUUGACUGACUGUGUCAACGUGCUGGACUGGGAUACGGACAACAACUAUGGAUUCCAGAUACACACGAAGGAGGCAGUGUUCACUCUGUCUGCCUCCACCUCCAGGAUCAGGAGGAGCUGGGUUAAGGCUCUGAGACAGGCCGUCCAGCAGCCCAGACCCUCCCCACGACAGUCAGACGACAGUGGCAGAGGACGACACGGUUACCGCCCACCUGCGUCACCCCACAGUCCUCCCUCCAAUCCCCCCUGCGAAGACUCUGAACCUCAAAGCCCCAGCUCCACCCCCCGCGCUCAUCAAAUGGACUCUGAGGAUUUAGAUAGGAUGUCUUCCAAAAUGUUUGUGGCCAGUCAGAGAGAGGCAGGGGAGGGCUGGGACAGGGAACAGGCCAAGCGAUUGGAGGAGAGGAACAAGUGGUUUGAGGAGGGGAUCCCGUUCAGUGACAGGGGCGGCAGAUGGGAGUCUUUGGAGCUCAAGACAGGCGGUGUUCCCUUGGCUGUCACUCACACCAUGGAUGUGGAUGUCAGCAAGAAGUGGGCGGAGCUUGAAAGCCUGUCAUUCAGGGAGAUGAGCGAGCUGUCACUUAUUGGUGCACAGACCAAUCAGAGCCAUGAGACGAUUCCUAAUGGCACGACACAAACAAUAUUGACGACCAGUGCAAUGGCCCUACAGAGAGAGGCAUUAUCGCUCAGGCAACAGGUGAAGGGUCUGCGUAUGGAGCGAGUAGCUAUGGGGACGGAGGUGGAAGGAAUGUGUGGCCCCGGGGCCCCUUGCAGCCAGCGCCUGGAGGCCAUGGAGGAGGCCCACCACAGGGCCCUGAAGGAGCUCCAGGAGAGCCACGCAAGGCAGAUCCGAGACCUUCAGGCACAGAGGGACAGGCUGUUGCAGGAAGAGAGCAAGGCCACCGCGCAAGCCGUGGAGGCCCUGAACUGGGUCCACAGCGAGGAGCUGGUGAGGGAGGUGGAGAAGGCUAGGAGGAUGCCUGGAGGCCAGGCCCAUGUGGAUCCUACGUACAACGGACAGAUGCCCCAGGCUGAUGCUUUCAGUAGCGAGUUGGACGUCCUGUCAGAGAGAUACUCCCAGAAAUGCCUGGAGCUGAGCAGGGCUGAGCAGAGCGGGAAAGACAGAGAGACAGAGCUAAAUCGGAUGGAAAGAGAGAUGGAGCAGCUUUGCAAAGAGAACAAGGAGCUGCAAGCUCGUCUGACGGAAGAGAUCAGCCGGAUGCGCUGUUUCAUAAUGGGUCAAAGAUCAGCAUGCGUCUCCCCUGGCAACUGUGAGCGCAGUCCCUCAGAAUUGGAAAUGCUGUUGCGAGCAAAGGAGAAUGAGGUUGUGUACCUCCAAAAGGAGGUCAGCUGUCUGAGGAAUGAAGUGCAGUCUCUUACUAUGGAGAAGCAGAAUGCAUGGGACCGCUACAAGGAGGUGUAUGUGGAGUUGAGUGCGAUGAAGGGCACCAGCGAGCUGGAGAUCAGGAACCUCAAAGAGCAUCUGAGACUGGCCAAUGCAGCGCUGCAAGAGGGGGGAAGAGACACCUGAGAAAGUGUGGAUGGAUUUUUGGAUAAUUAUGGUGUUUUCAAUCAGACAAUUUUGCAAGAAAAAAAGAGAUUCUACUGGACAAAAUAGGGCGUGUCCCUCUUCAUUUUCCAUUUAAGAAGCUUUUGCUACAGAAACCUAAGAAUGACGCCCCCCCCCCCCCCUUCUCUCUAGGGGUGUAUUCAUUACUCCGAUUACAAAACUUUUCAUCUAAUGCAUGACGUUUUGUAAUGGACACCAGUUACUGUUCAGGAACAAAAUGCAAGCAAACCAAGCAUGAGUUUCCCAAAUACUCUUGAUUAGGUAGCAUUUUUAUAAGAUUUUGAGAAAAAGGUUUCCAUUGAUGAACAUGUUCCCACCGAAUCUGCAUAAUGAUUACACCCUGGAAAAUUCAAAGACACAACACGGUUCUCUAACUCAGAAACGCUUGGAUCUGAAUUUUACCUAUCAACCAAGCACAUCAUAUAUUAUUGCAAUCUGUCUGAUGACAGCACAGCUCGUGAUGUGGAACAAUCACUGGGUGAUGCAUGCAAGGCCUGAGCAGGAGAACGUGACUAAUGGCAUUGUGUUGUUUCUUUCUUAUGGUGGGGUGGGGGGGUGGCUUGGAAUUGCCCAAAAUAACACACUGUUUCAUAUAAUGAAAUUGGAACUAAAGUAUAUUAAGAUUCCAGCAAGACUACGAUACGAGUUUGAGGAACCACCGUUUUUGUUGUUG